ACCACUAAUACGACAUAAAACAUGUUGAACCCUCACCCUACUCCUUCGUUACUCACACUGAGGAAGAAGGCUUUUAUCACCGGAGACAACCGUACUGGUUACGAUUGCGGAAGCCCUACGUUCUUUCUAUCUCACAACACGUUGUCUUUUCCAUUCAAACGUCACAAGAAUGCUCGUUCUCAGUGUCACACUGGAAAUUCAUCCGGCCAAAUCAAAGCGGUCGCUAAUGAACCUAGGACUACCUAUGUGAUCACAACUAUCAACCUCAAAGUUGUGGUUACAGUCCGAUUGACUAUCGGUGGGGUCCUAUCGAACCUUAGUUUGACGAGAGCAUUAGACGACAACAACGAUUUGCUUGGGAAAUCGCUUCUCUUGGAGCUUGUUGCCGCCGAGAUUGACCCCGACACGGGCUUAAAGAAGGAUACAGUUAAAGAUUAUGCGCACCGAACUAGUGAAAACGCAAAUGAUAUAACAUAUUUAGCAGAAUUUAAAGUACCAACGGAUUUUGGUUCAGUUGGAGCAAUUUUGAUUGAAAACGAACAUCACAAAGAGGUAUUUGUGGAAUCUGUUGUAAUUGAAGGACCCUCCACCGGCCCUAUUACCGUCUCUUGCAAUUCUUGGGUUCAUUCCAAGUUUGAUAAUCCGGAGAAACGUGCCUUCUUCGUUGACAAGGUAUCAUGCGUACCAUCAGAGACUCCAAGUGGUCUAAAGCCUCUGCGAGAAAAGGAACUAGCAAUUCUUCGAGGCGAGGGUGCUGCCGAUGUUCCUCGGGAAAAGAAAGAUAGAAUUUAUGAUUAUGAUAUGUAUAACGAUCUCGGUGAUCCAGACAAGGAUCCAGAUUUGGCACGCCCGGUACUCGGCACUAAGGACCACCCUUACCCUAGGCGUUGCAAAACUGGUCGGCCUCGCUCUAAAUCUGAUCCAUUGUCAGAAUUAAGAAGCAAUGAAGUUUACGUUCCAAGGGAUGAAGCCUUUUCAGAAGUAAAGAACCUAACUUUCAACACCAAAACUGUGUUUUCAGUGCUGAAGGCAGUCGUACCUUCCUUAGAGACAACUAUCAUUGACAAAGAACUUGGGUUCCCAUACUUCACAGCCAUUGAGUCUUUGUUCAACGAGGGAGUUAAUUUGCCACAGUUAGAUGACAAUGGAUUUCUUGGGAAUAUUUUGCCAAGACUCUUAAAGUCUUUAGAAGAUACCAAAAAUAAAAUCUUGCUUUUUGAGACUCCUGAGAUGAUUGAUAGAGAUAAGUUUGGUUGGAUUAGGGAUGAAGAAUUUGGUCGCCAAACUCUUGCUGGUCUUAAUCCUUUGAGUAUAACCUUGGUCAAGGAAUGGCCACUGAUUAGUAAGCUGGACCCAAUGGUGUAUGGCCCCCCUGAAUCAGCAAUAACCAAAGAGAUUGUUGAUAGACAGAUCAGAGGGUUUUGCACUCUUGAGGAGGCAAUAGAGAACAAGAAACUUUACAUACUAGAUUAUCAUGACAUCUUUCUUCCAUACGUGCACAAAGUUAGAGAACAGAAAAAUCUGAAGACAACUCUAUACGGAUCAAGAACUCUAAUGUACCUUACUACAACUGGAACGCUAAGGCCAUUAGCCAUCGAGUUGGUUCGCCCACCUAAAGAUAACAAACCUCAAUGGAAACGAGUAUUCACUCCGUGUUGGGAUGCAACGGGUAUGUGGCUAUGGAAGCUUGCUAAGGUGCAUGUUCUUGCUCAUGAUAGUGGCUACCAUCAACUAGUUAGUCACUGGUUGAGAACACACUGCUGCACUGAGCCAUAUAUAAUUGCAACCAACCGUCAGCUUAGUAAAAUGCACCCAAUACAUAAUCUCUUGCACCCUCAUUUCCGGUACACGAUGGAGAUUAAUGCUUUGGCUCGAGAAGCACUCAUAAAUUCAGGUGGAAUUAUCGAAUCAUGUUUUUCACCAGGAAAGUAUAGCAUUGAGUUGAGUUCAGUUGCAUAUGAUCAACUAUGGCGUUUUGACCAGGAAGCAUUGCCAGCUGACCUUAUUGCAAGGGGCAUGGCAGUGGAAGAUCCAGAUUCUCCACAUGGUUUGAAGCUAUCUAUUGAAGAUUACCCUUAUGCAAAUGAUGGUUUACUCCUUUGGGAUAUUAUCAAGGAUUGGGUUACCAAUUAUGUGAAUCAUUACUACCCAGAAGAGAAUCUUGUAAAAUCUGAUGAAGAGCUUCAAGCAUGGUGGACCGAGAUUCGAACAGUGGGUCAUGCAGACAAGAAAGAUGAACCAUGGUGGCCCAUUCUCAAUACACCAAAAGAACUUAUCUGGAUUCUCACAACAAUCAUAUGGGUAGCAUCAGGCCACCAUGCAGCAGUAAACUUCGGGCAGUAUGACUACGCAGGUUACAUACCUAACCGGGCCACCAUAGCCCGGGUCAAGAUGCCAUGUGAAGACCCAACUGAUGAUGAAUGGGAAACUUUUAAACGUAGGCCUGAAGAUGAACUCUUGUCUGCACUUCCUUCUCAAGUUCAAGCCACCAAAGUUAUGGCAGUUUUGGAUGUGUUAUCAAACCACUCGCCCGAUGAGGAAUAUAUUGGGGCUAAAAUGGAGCCAACUUUUGAGGCAAAUCCACAGAUAAAAGCAGCUUAUGAAACAUUUGCAGGGAGGUUGAAAGAGUUGGAAAGAAUUAUUGAUGGUAGGAAUGCGGAUGAGACCCUGAAGAACAGAAAUGGAGUUGGGGUUGUACCAUAUAACCUUUUAAAGCCUUUUUCAGAAGCUGGUGUGACCGGUAUGGGAGUUCCAAAUAGUAUUUCAAUCUGAAUACUCUAUGGUUUGUUAAAUAUGUUUAUGUUAAGUUCAUAAUGAAGGGAAUUCUUGUAAUGAGUGGCGGGUGAUCCGUGAUGAAACUAAAUAAAAUCAUCCGUAUAUGUUAUUGUAAGGUUUGAAUAAGUCCCAAGACAUGCUUAAAUUUAAUUCAUAUUUCUUAGUCAUGCACAACGAUUAUAGAAUGUGUAAAAACGUGACUAGUCGUUUUCUGGUCAACAUCAUCAUUUUCCAAAAGUUCAUACAAUGCGAUCUUGUCAUCUUGAGAA